AUGGCCACCACUGACCGGCGUCCCGCUCUCUCAAGACGGUCCAGGUCGCAUCAGAAGUCGCCGUCCACGGACUCGUUCCUCGCCGACUCGCUCUCGCGCUUCGUCGAAACCCUCGCCGAGAACGACCCUUCUUUCUCUUCGCUUCCCCCCCGCCACUCCCCGCGGAGCACCCUCUCCCCCAUGUCCUCAUCUUCUAGCACUCCUUCCGCCAUGAGAGUUGGCCGCCGUUCCCUUGAAAUUCCUAGCGACACGGAUUCGAGUUACGGAUUCGGGUCUCCUCGAGACGUCCCGAGGCGCCUCGCGAUGCGACUCCUCGUGGGCGACAGCGGCGGGGCGGUCGACGCGGCGACACCGAGAGUCCGCACGCCGGAAAUGGGUGUUCCGCGAGGAAGCAGCGGAAGAUGCAGUGUGAAUGCCCCAGGCACAUACAACCGCGACCAAAGGAACGGCGACUUUUCGAGGGAGUUUUGUCUUAAGGCGGAUGCGAGUCGCGAAGGGCAGCAGAGCCGUAACCGCAGCUCCAAGGCAAUGUUCCGCAGCAUUAGCGAGCACGUGGGCCCAGAUACGACAAGCCCAUUCUCCCCCGCUUCCCCCGCUUCCUCCGCCUCUUCUCCUAAUGGGGUCCAACGGACCGCGUCGUCUAAAGCCCGCUACCUGUCGCGCGUCGGGGCGUCGGAGCCGUUGGAGCGCACCCUCCCCCGCAAAAGCCGCUUGAACGGCGACGAGGACACUGAUGCUGGCCCGGCGGCGACGGGCCGCGACGAAGCCACGGAUGCGGAGGGGGAGUCGUCGGACGCGUCGGUGUCCAUGCGGCGCCUGGGACGCGAGAUGAACGAGCUGAGGAAGCAGCUCGAGCGAUGCUCCAAGAUUAACAAGUGGCUCACUGAGUCUUUGCGUUCCGCGGAGCGCACCGCGGCGGAAGCCACGGCAGCCGCGCAGGUGGCCGAAGCGGAACGGGACCACGUGGCGAAGGAGCUGGAGGAGGUGCUGAACGCGUGGUCCGAAGCGGACAACGCGGCGGCGGCGAAGCAGGAGGAGGAGCGCACGUCUACGGAACGAAGCCGCGCGUCGCUGGAGCGGGCGCGCGCGGUGUUGGCGCAAGAGAGGGAGGCGGUGGGGAGGGAAAGAGAGGAGGUGAGGAGGGAGCGGGAGGAGCUGAAGCGGGAGAGGGAGGCGCUGCAGAAAGAUACGGAUCGGAUUGCCAAAGAAGCGGCGGAGCGAGCAGCGCAAGAGGUGCAGCUGGAGUGGAGCAAGCUGCAGCAGCAAGCGGAGAAGAUGGGCCUUCGGCAGCACCAGCACCAUGUGACUCCAGACGGCGUGCUUCUAAGGAGCGUGAGCAUGAACAGCACGUGCAGCUGCCUGAGCAGCACGCGAAGCAUCAGCGAGGCCAGGCCGAGCAACGAGGGGGCAACGAACCAGCAGCCAAGCAAGCAGGGGGGGAGCCGGAGCAGCGGCAACACCAAGAGCGGCGCGUCUGGUGGUCGUUGGCUGGCCUCGUCGCGGUCGGAGAAUGAUCUGGGCGCAUGUGCUUCCAGGUCGCGAGAGCACGCUCCGAUCGUGGGGUCUCGAGAGCCCUGGCGAGGGGGUGAGUCCCCGGACCAGCGCCCAUUCGCCCCCAACCAGGAGCCCUCGUGGCAACAGCACAGGCGGUUACAGCAGCAGCAGUCUCAGUAG